AUGAUCCAACACUUCGAGGGCGGCGCCGACGGAGCCGAAAGCGAUCCCGGCCCCCGGAGCCGCUCCGGAGCCUCCGGAACCUUCCAGGAGCCGCCCCCCGCUCCCAGCUCCCGCUCCGAGGUUCGCCUGGGCCGCUCGGAGAGCCUGAAGGGCCGGGAGGAGCUGCGGCGUUGCCGGCGUUGCCGGCGCCCGGAGCCGGUGCCGCGAUCCCGCAGCGACGCCGACGUGGACGGGAGCGGCUCCGAGACCCCGCGGCUGCACUCGGCCUCCUCCUCCUCCGCCUCCAGCCUCUCCAACAGAUCCCUGGAAAAUCCGACCCCUCCCUACACACCAAAGACGGGGCGCAGGAGCCUGGAUUCCCCCAGCCCGGCCGAUCCCUUCCUCCCUCACCUCCCCGAGGACGAGCAGGGCCCCGUUCCCGACCCGGAGCCGAAUUCCCAGAGCUGGCAGCACUCGGUGAGCCGGGAGCUCGUGGCCAACCUCUCGCAGCGGGAGCUGGAUCGGCAGGAGGUCAUCAACGAGCUGAUGGUGACGGAGCUGUCCCACCUGCGGGUGCUGCGGGCUCUGGAUGUUCUGUUCUAUCAGCGCCUGCGGCGGGAGCAGCUGCUGAGCCCCCACGAGCUGGGGCUGCUCUUCCCCAACCUGCCCGACCUCAUCGCCGUGCACAAUUCCCUCUGGGAAUCCAUGAAAAAACUCCGGGAUCAGGGACCCAUCAUCCGCGAAAUCGGCGACGUCAUGCUGGCCCGGUUUGAGGGAGAUUCCAAGGAGGAAUUCCAGAGGGUGGCCGCCGCUUUCUGCUCCUCCCAAUCCGUGGCCCUGGAGCUGAUCCGAACCAAGCAGCCGGGUUCCCCGGAGCGGGAGAAGCUGUUCCGUGCCCGUGAGCAGAGCCGUGCCGUGCUGAGCUUUGUCAACGAGGCCGUUCGCGGCGCCGAGAAUCGCCGGCGGCUCCGGGAGCACCAGCGGCGCCUGGACAGCUCCGCCCUGGAGCGCAGCUCCAACCCCCUGGCGGCGCAAUUCCGGAACCUGGACCUGACCUCGCACCGGAUGAUCCACGAGGGACCCCUGGCCUGGCGCGUGGGCAAGGACAAGAGCGUGG